GGCCCUCGUUGGCGGUCCCGCACCGGCUCGCGGGUCGCCUUCCGGGCCGCGGGAGUCGGGAGCCGGCGGUCGCCUACCAGCCAAGCUGCUUCUGCCCGCCGCUUAGCGUGGACGCGCGUCCGGUCUUCCCGGCCCCGUGGCUCACGCGGUGUGACGUUGGACUUGGCCAUGAACUCCGGGGGAAGGAGGCCCGAGGCCGCGGGGACCAGAGGAAGCAGGGCGCCCAGGCCCCGGGAACAGGACCAAGAUGUGCAUCUGUCCAAGGCUCUGUCCUAUGCCCUGCGCCAUGGGGCCCUGAAGCUGGGGCUCCCCAUGGGGGCUGACGGCUUCGUGCCCCUGGGCGCCCUCCUACAGCUGCCCCAGUUCCACAGAUUCUCAGCUGAAGAUGUGCAGCGUGUGGUGGACACCAAUGGGAAGCAGCGGUUCACCCUGCAGCAAGGGGACCCCAGCACCGGCCCUCUCAUCCGAGCCAAUCAGGGCCACUCUCUGCAGGUGCCUGAGCUGGAGCUGACGCCCUUGGAGACCCCCCAGGCCUUGCCCGGGACGCUCGUGCAUGGCACGUUUCGGCAGCACUGGCCGUCCAUCCUGCUCAAGGGCCUGUCCCGCCAGGGAAGGAUGCACAUCCACCUGGCCCCGGGACUGCCUGGGGACCCCGGUGUCAUCAGUGGCAUGCGGCCGAACUGCGACGUGGCCGUGUUCAUCGAUGGGCCCCUGGCCCUGGCAGAUGGAAUCUCCUUCUUCCGCUCUGCCAACGGGGUGAUCCUGACUCCCGGGAAUGCUGAUGGCUUCCUGCUUCCCAAGUACUUCAAGGAAGCCCUGCAGCUGCGCCCUACCCGGAAGCCCCUCUCCUUGGCUGGUAAUGAAGAGACAGAGUGUCCAAGUAGCCCGGGCACAGUUCCAGAGGAGGAAGCGUGGCCCAACCAUAACAUAUGUAUUUAAAAAAGAAAAGGAGAUGUAAAAAGUUGACAAACAGCAGUCCAUUUGAAACCACCAGUUGUCACGCUGUAGCUACAGUGGGUCUUUCUCUUGCGUUGGGGACUACAGUGAGGUGAGGCUGUUGGUCUCGGCCACUGGGACGAGAGAGGUGGGCUCUGUGGUCAGGCGGGCCCCCGGCCCUAGCCUGCAGGAUGGCAGUCUGGCCCAGCUGGGUGUCUGGCUGACACAAAGCCAGAGUUAGUAGGUGAUGUGCCCAGCUUGGUGCGUGUCUGCAGAGGGUGUGGGCAGCAGGUCGUCCCAGUGGCUGUGAGCUUGGAAGUGGCCAUAGCAGCUGGUGAGCCACACG